AUUGGCUGUGAGCACUACAAGCCCCGCCUUCUCUAGGUAUAUGCUCCAAUGAUAUUCCAGCAUGAAGGCGGGCAUUAAGAAGUGACGUUCAUUGAUUGAAGGUCGAGGAAGACGGAAGUAGACUUCUCAAUGUUCACCGGCGUGGCGGCUUCAGCUACAAGUGACAUCGCAUAUGAUGACCUCAGAGCACUUUUGGACAAAAGCCCAAACUUACUUCUGGUUGAUGUCCGUACAAAGGAGGAAGUGGAUAAGGGACGCAUACCUGGAUCCCUUCACAUCCCAGUGAACACGGUAGGAGAGGCCUUCACCAUGGAUGCAGAAGCCUUCAAGAGUAAAUAUGGAGUCAGCAAACCAGCGUUGGACUCUACAGAGCUGGUCUUCCACUGCCAGAUGGGCAAGCGAGGCUCAACGGCCACAAGCAAAGCUGUGGAACUUGGCUACGUGAAUGCACGGAAUUACGCUGGCGGAUACAAGGAGUGGUCCCACAAAGCAGGGCAGUGACUUAUAUAUAGAGGUGCUUACAUAUAAAUGCUUGUAUAUAAGUCACUUGUAUGUAAGUGAUUAUAUAUAAGUGCCUAAAUAUAAGUGCUUAUAUAUAAGUCACCUUUUCAAAAGCCUUUGAAUGCCAAAUUCAGGGGAAAAGAUUGAUUUUUUUUUCAUUUAUUCCCUUCUGUUUUUCAGCCGCACUUCCUGUCGUAAUGAAAUAAAUCAAUUGUGGUAUUUC